CUUACCCUUAAUCUUACUCAUAUUUUCCCGCUCUCUCUUCUCCUCAAUUUCCCAUCUUCAUUUUCAACCACUUUCUUCUCCACACACUCUAAUGGCGAACCCUCUGAUUUUCUGAACUUCACUCAACAAUGGAGGAUUCCACUCCUCAGAAGAAACCCACCAAACUCCCUCCUCUCUCCAAAUUUGAGGAUUCACCAGUUUUCAAUUUCAUCAACAGUCUUUCUCCCAUAAAGCCUGUUAAAUCCAUUCACAUUACUCAAACAUUCAACUCCAUCUCUUUCCCUUCUCUCCCUGUUUUCACUUCCCCACCACAUAAUUUCAGUCCUCUCAAGUCCCCAAAAAGGCCGAAUUUUUCGAACCCUUCGAGAUCCCCGCCUGCAGUUUCUAAAAAUGAAGGAGCGGUUAUAAUAAUGGACCAGUUACUGGAGAUUUUCGUGCCGGAAAUUCCUCCUUCCGGCGACGGUUCAACUCCGGUAAUUCAGCCACCAGAAACGGUCGAUUCCGACGCCGGUGAGGUACUGAUAUUUCGUUGUCCGAUUAGCUCUGAAGCUAUGGACGGGGCGAUUCAUGGAGUGGAAGAUGAGGGAUUGCUUCAAAACGACAGCGUUUUGAAUAGAAUAGAAGAAAACAAGCUUCUCUCUAACCUACAGAGCGGGAACAUGCGGAGGCGAUGUCUAGAUUUCGAAAUGGCGGGAAAGCCCAACGCGGCGGAGGCCGCGGUGGAGGCGACCGGCGACGCUUCAAUCCCCGGUUCUUCUUCUUCCUCAUUUCGAUGCACUCUUCCUGGUAUUGGUUUGCACUUGAAUGCUCUUGCAGCGACCUUCAAGCACUCCGAUUCAGAGAAUCUGUGUUCCGUUAGGCAGCCGAGCCUUCCCAGCUCAUCUGCCCCCAUUUUUGCCCCAAAUUCCAUUCGAGAUCAGCCUUUGUUGGCUUCAUCCACUCCUGAAAGUGAAAUCCCUCCCCAAGAACCUGCGAAUCUGACUGGAGAAGAACUCAAUCAGAUCAACCCUAAAAAGAAUUGGAAAUUGAUGGAAAAUGCCGAAAUUGGGGCGUGUAAACGUUGUAAUUGUAAGAAAUCUAAGUGCCUGAAGCUAUAUUGUGAAUGCUUUGCUGCUGGUGUGUACUGCAUUGAGCCGUGUUCAUGUCAAGGCUGCUUCAACAAACCGAUACAUGAAGCCGUGGUUCUUGAGACUCGCAGGCAGAUUGAAUCUCGCAAUCCACUAGCAUUUGCUCCUAAAGUGAUCCUGAACUGUGAUUCUGUUUCUGAACUUGGGGAUGAUUCAAACAAAACUCCCGCUUCGGCACGACAUAAACGAGGAUGCAAUUGUAAGAAAUCAGGUUGCUUGAAAAAAUACUGCGAAUGCUAUCAGGGUGGUGUUGGAUGCUCCAUUAACUGCAGAUGUGAAGGCUGUAAAAAUGCAUUUGGGAGGAAAGAUGAAUCAGCUCUAAUAGGAAUUGAAACUGAACAAGAGGAAGAGGGAAGAGAACAUUGCCAGAAAAAUGCAGAAGUACAGAGCGAUGAUGAUCAUCCGAACCCAAGCAAUGCUGCUCCCUCGACACCACUAGGACCAAGCAGAUCAUUGAUUCCAUUUCCAUUCCCAUUGAAGAGGAGAUUUCCAUCUUUCCUCAACGACGAAUCCUCCUCUAGAUUAUUGAGCGUUCGAUUCAAACUCGAGAAGCAUGGCAUCACUCAAACAGAGCCCAAGUUUGAGAAAACACCCUGUGAAGAUGUGAUGCCAGAAACACUUUGUAAUGGUUGCCCUUCUAGCACAGGUGUUAAGAGUGUUUCUCCCAACAGUAAGAGGGUUACUCUACCUCCACCGCAGGGCGAUUUCAGGCCGCUGCCCUCGACUAGAAUUGGUCGGAAAUUGAUACUGCAGUCCAUACCUUCUUUCCCUUCUCUCACCAAUCAAAACUCACGAAUGAAUGGACCCAGUGAACUGUAAAGUCUACUCCAUAAUCCGUCGUCUUCUUCUCAACCAUUAAGGACGCCUCAAGUUUAGGCUAAUGUUAAUUUGAUAGGUUUUUUGAAGUUUAGUUUUUUUUUCUGACAAACUUGUUAGACACAAUUCAAUUUUGAACUUAUGAUCCUCUAUACUAGUAUCCUUGCCCCCAAAAAAUAAAGUGUCAAACUAGGGAAAAGGUAAUUAAUCUCUUCUCUUAUUUUCUCGAUAAAAGAAAGUACAUUGUGUUAUGGUUGCACUCAAA